AAUGAAUGCUCCUUGCGUGCAGAGGUACCGUGCGCUCAAGUUGCCAUCGCUGAUAGAUAAGAACGUUGCUUGGUAGUAUUGUGGCACUGUUCUACCGUUAAAUAUGAUAACAACGCCAAGAUUCAGUCAAAAUCGAUUAUCUUGAGAGAAAAUUUAUAGUUCUGCCAGGAGUAAAUUAAAAAUAACAAUUGUGCAACGGUUUAAAUUGAAAAAAAAAAAACCAUGAAUCAAUUAUCACGGAAUAAUAUGCAAGAAUUUUGUCGAACCUGCCUCAGAAGUUUGCAAAAACGUCGCCGGCAAGAGAGGGAAACGACGCCCACUAAUUUGGAAUUGCUGACGACCUUUGGAAAUGAUUCUGAUUCGAUAAAGAGUUAUAAUCUAAGCCUUUUGCCCCAAUUGCGAAAACUAUUCGUAUUAUUUACCUCAUUGGAUAUCUCUGAGGGAGGUGAUGAAGAUGCGUAUCCGCGAAGCCUCUGUCAGCUGUGCUAUGACAAGAUGAUCGACUUUCAAGAGUUUCGCCAGUUAGCGAUUAAUUCAGCGGAAGUUUUGUACAAAAUUGUAAACAGUUUAGAUGAUGAUACGAUAAAAUCAACUGAGGAAACUGCCAACCUACAACCGAAUGAAAAUCAUCAACUUUUAGAAAGUGGUUACCAAAAUAGGGACGAUGACGACGACCAGCUGCUUUUAGCCGAACUUGCAGAUUUGAUGGAAACAUCAAUAAAAACAGAGCAGUCUAUUGAUAUUAAUAGAUCUAAUGCCCCUAGUUCUGAAAUACUGCCGAACAUUGAUAUUUCGAAAAAUCCUUUCACUGCGGUUGUUAAGAACGAAAUUGAAUCGGAGUGUGACGAGGAAGAAAACAAUGCAUUAGGUACGGCACACAAUUCAAUCAGUGAUGAUGCCGAUGACGAGGAACACACGUUAAGAAAUGAGACCAACACGUCCAGGAGAUUGCGUAAAAAUGUAUCAUCUACUGUCGGAGUUAGACAACGGUUUUGUGGCCAGCCACGAAAACGUGGCCGCAGCAAGAAGGCACUGAAGUGUCCUCGCUGUGAUAAACAGGUGUACAAGCAGGUUUACCUGGAUGCGCACAUUCGCGCUAUACAUGAAGGCUAUGAAAAACCAUUUCUUUGUACGCAAUGUGAAAAAGCAUUUACACGCUACGUUCAAUUACAUACUCACAUUGAGUCGCAACAUAUAUCAGAAGACAUCUUUUCAUGUGAUUUUAAUGGUUGCGAUGCUGUUUUUAAAUCGAAAAAUACGUGGGAGACACGUAGACAAGUGGUACACACGAAAAUGUUAGAGUUUCAUAAUGCACCAUCUACUGUCGGAGUUAGACAACGGUUUUGUGGCCAGCCACGAAAACGUGACCGCAGCAAGAAGGCACUGAAGUGUCCUCGCUGUGAUAAACAGGUGUACAAGCAGGUUUACCUGGAUGCGCACAUUCGCGCUAUACAUGAAGGCUAUGAAAAACCAUUUCUUUGUACGCAAUGUGAAAAAGCAUUUACACGCUACGGUCAAUUACAUAUGCACAUUGAGUCGCAACAUUUAUCAGAAGAAAACUUUUCAUGUGAUUUUAAUGGUUGCGAUGCUGUUUUUAAAUCGAAAAAUACGUGGGAGACACAUAGACAAAUGGUACACACGAAAAUGUUAGAGUUUCAUAAUACACAGCUCGGUAACGAAAUUGGGACAGAUCACAUUUGUCAUCAGUGCUUCAAGAAGUAUAGUUCCAAACGCGCUCUCACUGAGCAUCUGAAACGACAUGCCCAAAUCAAGGAUCACGUUUGCAAGGAGUGUGGUGCAGCCAAGGUGACACGUACAGAGCUGCUAACACACAUGCGCACACACAAACCCAAUUUAGAAAAGUUUAAGUGCAGCAUUUGCCCACAAAAAUUUAAUCACAAAAACGCUAUAUCCAGACAUGUGCGAGUGGUGCACGAAGGUCAACGUCGUUUUCCUUGUAGCUAUUGUCCAAAGCGUUUUGGGACCCGUAAUUCGCAAGUCUGUCACGAACGUGUGCACACUGGUGAACGUCCUUUCAAUUGUAAGCUAUGCAACAAACGUUAUGCAAAGUUGGAUGGACUAAAAUCACAUAUGAAAAGUCAUGAUAAGAAUUUGCGUAAAUAUGUAUGCUCAUUUUGUUCGCAACGAUUCAUCACAAGGAAAAAUCUGAUAGAUCACGAAAAGCGUCAUCGAAGUGAUAAACCGCAUUGUAUAUGCAAUGCUUGUAGUCAAGGCUUUUUUUCGAAGGAAGAUCUUCGCGUGCACAAACGGACACAUACCGAUGAAGAACUACGUGAGAAGACCGAGCCGCGGAGGCGUUAUGAGACGUUUCAAGAAGCUGGUGAUAGUCUUGGAGAGCAGGCGACGGAAUCAGCUGGUGAAGGAAUUUUAGGCUAUAGCAGUUCGCAGAGCAGUAACUGAAGGAGUGGAUUAUUCUUCAUAAGCAUGAAGACUUUAUGGAAUAACUCAGCAAAUUUAUACGCAUAUAUCAAUCAGUACAUAGAUAUAGAUGUGCUAUAUAAUGCCACAAAUAAUUUUAGUUUUAAAUAUGCAGUUUGCAAAGAUAUAUGAAUUGAAUCUACACAGAAAAUGUACCUCAGAAAAGCUUCAGUCGAACAAAGGGAGAAACGAGAUUGUUAGUAUUCUUGCUUUGUUCAUUUUUGAAGAUCUCAUAAAAUUUAUUUUCAAUUAUCUUGAAAUUUCAAUACACUGUUAGCAUUACUUUCAGCUACAACGGUUUUU